AUGGCAAUCAGACGAAAUCAGACCUCCAACAUUACGGUGUUCAGACGGACCACACCUGCAGCCGUCACCUACGACCUUUCGAAGGCUGAUAGUGUGACCAUCACCGUGCCUGUCGCUUCUACUUGGACUUCUGGUGCACAUUGGCACGAGACUCACACAGAAUUUCUUCAGAUCUUGCAAGGACGCGCAUUCGUCAAACUCGGGGAUCGAUCCGGGGUCUAUACGGCAGAGGAUGGUGCGAUCGAAGUAUCGAGAUAUACAGUCCACGACUGGCACCGGGUCGCAGGAGAAGAGGACCAGGAAGACCUGGUGGUCCGAGAAUGGACGAUACCUGAAGAUGGUCAAAAGGAAAUUUUUUUCCGGAUGCUCAACUCGUUCCUGACGGAAACUCAUCCCAGUUCUCUAUACACACCGCCCGCCAUGACGCCCAGAUGGGUGGCGAGCCGAAUUGAGCCCUGGGUUGUGGCAUUGCAGUUGUUUUGCAUCUUCAGCUCCUGGGACAACUGGCCGGUGUUGGUCGGAGAGGAUGGUGGAUGGAUCAGCUGGGCGGUAACACACUUGACGUUGAGAGUUUCGUCGGCGGUCGGAUCGCUGUUUGGGUUGCGAGGGACAUACAGUGCAUAUGUCGAUGACAAGCUGCUGAGGAGGGCCACUCGAGAAAAGGACAUGCGGAAGAUAAGAUGA